AUGAAGGCCACUCUCUUCCUCGCUGCUGCCGGCCUCGUUGCCGCCCAGGACUUCACUGGCCAGCCCAAGUGCGCUCUCAAGUGUCUUGAGGAGUAUGUUCCCAAGGCCGGCUGCGACCUCGAGGACACCGCCUGCCAGUGCGACCCCUCCUUCCAGGAGAAGCUCACCCCUCAGAUCUCGCCCUGCCUGAUGAAGGAGUGCGAGGCUGCCGACCUCCCCAAGGCCCUCGCCGCCGCCCAGGCUGCCUGCGAGGCUUAUUCCUCGGCCGCUGGCAAGUCUGGCUCUGUGACCGGCACCGUCGCUCCCACUGCUACCGCCUCUGAGACCGAGUCUGAGACUGAGACUGCCUCUGAUGAGGAGGAUAACACUGAAACUGUCACUGUCAGCGUCGACACCUCCAUCACCGGCUCCGUCACCGUCCCUGCCAUCUUCUCCACCAUUACCGACGUCCCCGCCACACCUGGUCCCAACAACAAGACCACCAAGGCUACCAAGACUGGUGCUAGUGGAAGUGAUGGUGAGGAGACCGGCACUGGCUCCGGCUCCGAGACCAGCGAGACCAGCGCCGCUGCCAGCGAGACUGGCAACGCCGCUGCCAUGACCGGCCCCGCCUUUGGUGGCUUCCUCGCCAUCCUGGCUGCCUUUUUCGCUCUGUAA